AUGGUCACUUUUAAACCUGAGGAUGGGACAGAUGCUGAGAAUAUCGAGAUGGUAUGGAAGCAGAUUUAUGAUGCAUCAUCCUCUCAACGACACGACAUGUUACCUCAGCUUUUUGGAUUAAGCCAGUCAAGAAUACCAACCCUAAUAUUCCAUGAUGCAUUCAUUGGUGGAGGUGCUAUAUUUAGUCAGCUUGGUGUCAAUGCACCGGUUGUUCAGAGUUAUCUCUGGCAUCAAAUUUACAAUUCAUUCUAUACUAUGGUGGAUGACAGUGAUAUGCAGAGAUUGUUGAAAAAUGUUCAAACAUUCAAUCUUGAAGAAUGGGUUUUCAACUUCAGGAGCAAUGUGUGGCAGUAUGACAUCACAUCCUCCUUUUCUGAGUUACCCAGGUCCAGAAGCAGAACUCUAUUCACCUCCUUUCAACUAAUGAACCAACCCAAUCAGAAUUUAUGCCUUGAAUCUGAGGCAAUUGUUGGUGGUCUGCAGGAAGAGUUCUUCAAGUUGGUUACCUCAUUUGGAGUUAUGCACAUCCUUCCACAUGACUUUGUGCCUCAUGGUCUGCUUACUUUUGGAGCCAUUAUUGAUUGGGGGAAAUCCCAUAUUCUGGCACAUCUCCCUUCCAUACCAUUUCCUGAAUGGCAUCUUUAUCCCAGUAUACAUGGAGUUAAAUCCAGACUUUCAGAGUCAGUUCCUGGUCAUAUUGACCUGAUAUUUGAUGAGCCUGGAGUCAACAUAAUCAGACUACAGGUUGGGUUAAAAAUUGCUUCCAACAAACGUGAACACCUUCGAUGUACAUACCUCAGUCAAUCACUCCAGCUCUCCAAGAAUACUGGUUGUCCUGAAGCCACUUGGAACAGUGUAUUGCUCAUGGAUGAAAUUGUCUUUAUCCUGACUGGAACCUUCACCACUGACUUUAUAUGCAACUACUCAUCUCAAGUCUACGUAUUUAUCCAACCACUUCUUUCAAUAUCAACUGAAAGAAUCAACAACAUGCCAUGUCUCCAUUGGCCUUUGGACACCCAGUUGUACUAUUGGUCUUCUGAUUCCAAAGGGAAUAUACCAAUUCCAGAGGAGGAUUGGGCACAGUAUUGCAUCCCAGUACUGGAUUUAGACAUAUAUAUUGGGACUUCAUGGACUCAGUUUGAUUAUGCAUCUGUGCAGGAAUACCUGACAAUCAAGGGGUAUGAUCCUUACAGUGAUGAGUAUGCAAGGGUGCAUGGAUAUCAAAUUAUGAACCAGUGGGAUCCACAUACUGGGGAUGAAUGGGUUCAUCUAGAGAGCCAGGAAUGGACAAAAGCUGAAGGCCAAUUGUGUUCCAUCAUGUCUUCUUCAACAGAUUCUCUGAUCUCACAAAGUGAGACCUGCCAUGAGAACCCAGGAUCCAAUGAAGCUUUGAAGAAUCUAAAAAGUGAUAAAUUCAUGAGCUGGCUAUCAAGGGAUUGGCUAAAACAUGGUCAUGGUAAGCCACCAUUUAUAUAUUUUUGGGAACUCCCAGCUUAG